AUGGCCAGUUCUUUAAGAAGUGAAGUGAGAAAUCUGUACAGAAACCUGCUGUACCUCGGAAGGGAGUAUCCCAAAGGAGCAGACUACUUCAGAAAGCGUUUGAAAGCAGCUUUUCUAAAAAAUAAAGAUGAGAAAGAUCCUGAAAAAAUCAAGCAGCUGAUUGCACGAGGAGAGUUUGUUAUAAAAGAGCUGGAAGCUUUGUACUUCCUCAGAAAAUACAGAGCUCUGAAACAGCGCUACUACGAUGAUGACAAUCAGUAA